AUUAUUUAAUUAAGUAACAGAAAAAAGUGAUUCAAUAACAAAAAAAAUGUUUUUAAUUACAACAAUUAUUUUAGUAUUGUUGGGAUUUGCUCAAUCAACAAUUUUUACGGAUAUUGCACGAGUUUUAAAUGGAUCAGAUAUUGAUACGUUAGGACGAAAUAAUUAUGUGUUUAAUUAUGGUAGUACAAAUAAACGAACACAAGAAUAUGAUUUCAUAAUUGUGGGAUCAGGUCCAGCCGGGUCAGUGUUAGCAAAUCGUUUAUCAGAAGUACCUUAUUGGAAUAUACUAUUAAUAGAAGCGGGUAAACCAGAAAAUUUUUUUACAGAUAUACCUGGAUUAUGUGCUUUCUUUCAAUUAACCGAUUAUGAUUGGGCCUAUAAAAUGGAAAAAGUGCCCGGAGUUUGUAUGGGUAUGGAAAAUCAACAAUGUCUCUGGCCACGAGGCAAAGCGGUAGGGGGUACAAGUGUAAUCAAUUACAUGAUCUAUACACGAGGAAAUAAGUACGAUUUUGAACGUUGGGAGCAGGAAGGUAAUCCCGGAUGGUCUUGGGACGAUGUUGUUCCGUAUUAUAUAAAAUCAGAACGAGCAAAUUUGAAAUUCGCUGAUCCAGGUACUCAUGGACGUAAAGGAUUUUUAUCUGUUGAAGAUGUACCAUUCCAAACUCCAUUAGUCAAAGCAUUCUUAGAAGCUGGACGUGAAACUGGUCGACAAAUUGUCGAUUAUAACGGAUUCACACAAUGGGGAUUUUCGUCUGUACAAGGAACAAUUCGUAAGGGAAAACGAUGUAGUGCAGCCAAAGCAUUUUUGAAACCUGUAGAACGACGUAAAAAUUUGAAAAUAUUAGUUCAAAGUCGGGUGACUAAAGUAUUGAUUGAUCCUAAAACAAAAGCAGCAUAUGGAGUGGAAUUUUUAAAUAAUAAGCGAAAAUAUACAGCAAUUGCCAAGAAAGAAGUAAUUUUAUCCGCUGGAGCAUUUGGAUCCCCACAAUUAUUAAUGUUAUCCGGUGUGGGUCCAAAAGAUCAUUUAACUGAGUUAGAUAUACCUGUUAUUCAAGAUUUACAAGUUGGUCAGAAUUUACAUGAUCAUUUAACUUUUGUGGGUCUAACUUUUUUGAUUAACAAAACUGCUUCGUAUACGCUUACAAAAUUUAUGAAACCAUCUUCCAUAAUUGACUACAUGUUUGCUGGCAACGGACCAUUAACCACUUUGGGUGGAGUUGAAGCUUUGGGAUAUAUCAAAACCAAUGUUUCAACAGAUCCACGAGAUUACCCAGAUGUUGAACUGAUAUUCGUAGGAGGUUCAGUCAGUUCCGAUUCAGGAACAGCUCAAGCUGGAAGUUUUGGAAUCACAAAAGAAUUUUACAAGGAAUAUUUCGCUCCAAUAAAUGAACGUGAAUGUUGGUCGAUAGUUCCCAUGUUACUACAUCCAAAAUCCAUUGGAUAUAUGCGACUUAAAUCGAAAAAUAUAUUCCAUCAUCCUAUUUUACAUGGUAACUAUUAUACGGACCCCGAACGACAUGAUGUUCGUACAAUGGUCGCAGCUGUUAAAGAAAUUCUUCGAUUAUCUCAAACAAAAGCGUUCCAACGUUUUGGAACCAAAUUACAUGAUAUUCCAUUCCCGACAUGCAAACAUUUAGAAUUCGGUUCAGACGAAUAUUGGGAAUGUUGUGUUCGUUCCUUAACACCCUCGUUACAUCAUCAAGUGGGAACAUGUAAAAUGGGUCCAGAUACCGAUCCAAAUGCUGUCGUGGAUAAUAAAUUACGUGUUCAUGGUAUUAAAAAUUUACGAGUGGCGGAUACAAGCGUCAUUCCGUUUGCUUUAUCUGCGCAUACAAAUGCACCAUCGUUUAUGAUUGGAGAACGGACUGCUGAUUUUAUUAAGGAUCGUUGGGUUAAAUUAGGUUAUUAAAAAAUUUGUGAUCGAAUUUAGGGAUAAGUUCAAGAACGGUUUUUUGGGUGAUAAAAAAGAAUUCGUAUCCAUGGGCCUGAGUUUCCAAAAAAUGGAUCCACAACUUACAAGUUUAACAAUAAUAUUUUAUAUGUAAAUAAAAUGCCAAAAAAAAGUACAAAAACAUUAAUGACUCAAAUUUUUGUCAGAAUAUUAAGUAAAUUUUCU